AAGCUUCACUUUUUAUGGCUAGAGAGCGCUGCUGCGCUGCAUAAAUUUCAGAAAUUCAUUCUUUCUUGAAAUUGAAAAUAAAUUUUGUGAAUAUUUCCAGGAAAACUUCAGCUUUGUCAUUUUUAGGAUCGACUUUUCAUAUUUUCAACUAUCAAGAUGAUGCAACCACAAAUUGUUCUUCUAAGAGAAGGAACAGAUUCAUCACAAGGCAAACCUCAACUAAUUUCAAAUAUAAAUGCCUGCCAAUCCAUAGUUGAUGCAGUUAGAACCACCCUUGGUCCUAGGGGUAUGGAUAAAUUGAUCAUUGAUGCACAUGCUAAAGCUACUAUAUCCAAUGACGGCGCAACUAUUUUGAAACUAUUAGAUAUUGUUCAUCCCGCCGCUAAAACAUUGGUGGAUAUUGCCAAAUCACAGGAUGCUGAAGUAGGCGAUGGAACAACUAGCGUUGUUUUAUUAGCUGGUGAAUUUUUGAAACAAAUUAAACCUUUCGUGGAAGAGGGUGUACACCCUAGAAUUAUAAUCAAAGCUAUGAGGAGAUCUUUACAACUGUGUCUGACGAGAAUUAAUGAAUUAGCAGUUAAAAUAAAUAAGCAAAAUGCAGAUGAAUUCCGUUCGUUAUUGGAGAAAUGUGCUGCUACAGCAAUGAGCUCCAAGUUGAUAAACCAGCAGAGGAAAUUCUUCUCAAAAAUGGUAGUUGAUGCUGUACUGAUCCUAGAUGAACUAUUGCCUCUUAACAUGAUUGGGAUAAAGAAGGUUCAAGGAGGAGGCUUAGAAGAAUCAUUGUUGGUUGCCGGAGUAGCUUUCAAAAAAACAUUCUCAUAUGCCGGUUUUGAGAUGCAGCCAAAGACAUACAAAAACUGUAAAAUCGCUCUCCUGCACAUCGAGUUGGAGUUGAAAGCCGAAAGAGACAAUGCAGAAGUUCGCGUUGAUAAUGUUAAGGAAUACCAAAAAAUCGUAGAUGCCGAAUGGAACAUACUCUAUCAGAAACUCCAAAAAAUUCACGAUUCCGGGGCUAAUGUUGUUCUUUCUAAUUUGCCAAUUGGAGAUGUAGCCACUCAAUUCUUUGCAGACAGAGACAUGUUCUGUGCCGGUCGUGUACCCGAUGAAGAUCUGAAGAGAACCCUCAAAGCAUGUGGGGGUGCUGUUUUGACCACGGUUCACGAUCUGACCGAUGCCGUUCUUGGAAAAUGCGACCUUUUUGAAGAACGCCAAAUUGGUGGGGAACGUUUCAACUUCUUCCAGGGUUGUCCCAACGCCAAAACCAGCACCAUCAUUCUGAGGGGAGGUAGCGAGCAAUUUUUGGAAGAGACCGAAAGAUCUCUGCACGACGCCAUCAUGAUCGUGAGACGAACCAUCCAAAAUGAUGCUGUCGUAGCUGGUGGGGGGGCUAUAGAGAUGGAAUUGUCGAAGAUGCUGAGAGAUCAUUCGAAGAACAUCUUGGGCAAAGAGCAACUCUUAAUCGGAGCUAUAGCUAAAGCCCUAGAGAUCAUUCCGAGACAACUGUGCGACAACGCAGGUUUCGAUGCAACGAAUAUUCUGAACAAACUGCGUCAGAAACAUGCACAAGGAAGUUGCUGGUAUGGAGUUGAUGUUAGUAAAGAUGACAUCAAUGAUAACUUCGAAACUUGCGUAUGGGAACCAGCAAUCGUUAAAGUGAACGCUCUGACUGCAGCAACUGAAGCCGCUUGUCUUAUUUUGUCGGUAGAUGAAACGAUCAAAAACAAGAAAUCUGAGGCGCCGCCGGCACCGCAAGGCAGAGGUUUUGGACGCCCUAUGUAAUAGUACAUAAUUUAUAAAAAUUUUAAAAUUAAUUUCCACUGACUUUUGCACCGUUUUUCAGCAUAAAAUGGAAGUAUUCUGCUAGUUUUAUUUAACAUUUUUUAACUUUUUUGUUCUUGAAUAAAUAAUGGUAAAUAUUA